UAGAGAUAACAAUGAAAACUACAUUGCUUUCAUUCCUUCUCUGCUACUACUUCAUAUAUCACACUCUUGCUUCUUUCAAAUGUCUCCAAGAUCAACAAUCAUUGUUGCUCCAACUAAAAUACAAUCUCACAUUUGAUCCUCGACGUUCCACCAAACUAAAUUUGUGGAAUGAAAACACUGCUUGCUGUAAUUGGAGUGGUGUAACGUGUGACAAUGCGGGACAUGUUAUUGGCCUUGAUCUUAGUGAAGAAUCAAUCUCUGGUGGAAUUCAUAAGGCAACUAGUCUUUUUAGUUUCCAAUAUCUCCAAAAACUGAAUUUGGCUUAUAACAAUUUCCAUUCACCCAUUCCAUCAGGGUUCAGCAAGUUGGUGAUGUUGAAUUAUCUAAAUUUGUCAUAUUCUUACAUUGUAGGGAAUAUUCCUAUGGAGAUUUCAAAGCUUACAAGGUUAGUUACUCUUGAUCUCUCUUCUCAUGGUAGCUUUUCAAAAGAACAAGGGCCGACAAUUUAUAACCGAAAUCUACCAACAUUUCUCCAAAAUCUUACCAGUCUUAGACAAUUGUAUCUUGACCGGAUUAGUAUAUCUACUAUGGGAGGGGAAUGGGGAAAUGCUUUGUUGCCGCUGCGGGAUCUACAAGAGUUGAGUAUGUCUCAAUGUGAUCUAUCAGGACCUCUUGAUUCUUCCCUCACAAAACUAGUGAACCUAUCUGUCAUUGUUCUUGUUGGCAACAAUUUUUCAUCUGUGGUUCCAGAAACAUUUGCCAAUUUGCAAAAACUAACCACCCUGAGUCUUUAUGAUUGUGGAUUGAUUGGUACAUUUCCACAAAAGAUCUUUCAAAUUGAAACACUUUCACUAAUUGAUUUAUCAAGAAACUACAAUCUACACGGGUCGUUUCCAGACUACUCAAUGAGUAAAUCUCUUUACAACAUUAAUUUGAAAUACACACAAUUCUCUGGAACAAUUCCACACACUAUUAGCAACAUGAGAUUCUUAUCUCAUUUGGAUCUUUCUUAUUGUCAAUUUAAUGGAACACUUCCCAACUCAAUGUCAAAACUCUCACACCUUACUUACGUCGACCUUUCUCAUAACAGGUUGAAUGGAUCAUUGCAGCUAGAUGAGGUUUUGAAGCUUAGAAAUUUAACUACACUAACCCUUUCUCACAACAACAUAUCAAUCAUUGAGAAUGUUGCAAAUGUUGAUUUGUCUUCAAUUCCCAACUUUAAUGUUUUGGGCUUGGCAUCCUGCAACUUGAAAACUUUUCCAAAGUUCUUGAUAAAUCAAUCCACAUUGACCUAUCUAGACCUUUCAAAUAACCAAAUCCAAGGAAAAAUACCAAACUGGAUAUGCAAAUUACAAGAUCUUCAUUCACUUAAUAUUUCUCACAAUCUUCUCACUAAUUUUGAAGGAUCUUUUCAAAUUCUUACUUCCAAAUUUAAAUUUCUUGACCUUCAUAACAACAAACUGCAGGGAUCGAUACCUGCUUUUCCUAAAUAUGCCUAUUUUUUAGACUACUCAAGCAAUAAUUUUUCAACUGUCCCACAAUAUAUUGGUAGUAACUUAUCAUUCAUGAAAUUCCUAUCUUUUUCUAACAAUAAUUUACAUGGAAGCCUCCCUGAUUACCUAUGCAAUGCUUCAGAACUUCAACUCCUAGAUAUUUCCUUCAACAACUUUUCUGGAACAAUUCCUCCAUGUUUAAUCACAAUGACUACCCUUGCAGCAUUAAAUGUGGAGAAGAACAUUCUCACUGGCCCCAUACCAGAUAUGUUUCCAAAUUCUUGUGUUGUAACCAGAUUGAACUUCCAUGGAAAUCAAUUACAAGGGGCAAUCCCUAGGUCUCUAUCCCACUGCUCAUCAUUAGAGGUAUUGGACAUUGGAUCAAACCAAAUUGUUGAUCAUUUUCCAUGCUUCUUAAAUGACAUACUAACACUUAGUGUCUUGGUUUUGAGGAAUAACAAAUUUCAUGGCUCUAUAGAAUGUUCAGAAAAUAAACCUUGGAAAUCGAUUCAAAUAGUGGACAUUGCUUUCAACAAUUUCAACGGAAAACUACCUAAAAAGUAUUUUACAACUUGGGAAAGAAUGAUAUAUGAUGAAGAUGUUGCACGUGACAUCAACUACGAGAUGUUACGGGACUACUCAUAUUAUGAUGAUAGUGUUACGGUUACAUGUAAAGGCCAAGAACAGAAGUUGGUUAAAAUUCGAAAAAUUUUCAAAGUCAUUGAUUUCUCAUCCAAUUUUUUUGAAGGGCCAAUACCUCUGUCGUUGAUGGACUUCAAAGCACUUUACGUUUUGAAUUUUUCAAACAAUGGUCUUACAGGUGAGAUCCCAUCUUCGAUAGGGAACAUGAAACAGUUAGAGUCAUUAGACUUCUCAAACAACUAUUUGGUUGGUGAAAUUCCAGUGCAACUAGCAAAUUUGUCAUUCCUUUCAUAUUUGAACCUUUCCUUCAAUCAUUUGGAAGGGAAGAUCCCAACAGGUACUCAACUUCAAACAUUUCAAGCUUCUUCCUUUGUAGGAAAUGAUGGACUAUAUGGCCCUCCAUUGAUUGAAAGAACUGAUGGUAAGAGGAAGGACUUGCAUCCACAACCAACAUGUGAAAGGCUAGUGUGUUCAAUAGACUGGAACUUUUUAAGUGUAGAAUUGGGAUUUGUUUUUGGAUUCGGAAUGCUCAUUGGCCCAAUCAUAUUUUGGAAGAAAUGGAGGGUAGGUUAUUGGAAACUUGCAGACAAAAUUCUCUGUAAAAUGUUUCCUUGGAUGUACCUUGAAUAUGAAACCCACAGAGGACAAACCUACACAGUUUUAAGGUGGUAGUGACAUUAAAAUCUAAUGUGUGUGCUAAUUAGUAUAAUAGUAUUUUAUAUUUUCAACUCUGUUGUUCUUUACAUAUACUUCUAUGUUAUAUGAUGAUAUUGUUCAUGUUGUAUUAAAUUUGAAUAAGAUAAUAUUAGAUGACAUUUUCAAUCUUAUUUGUAUUUUCUAAAUGAAAGAUUUUCAAAAUCUGAGAUUGA